AUGGUAGAGCACCAGUCGAACAAUGCCCUCUCAUCUUCUCCUGCAAAGAACCAGAUAGCUUCAUGGUGGAGACAGUUUAAAAACAGUCCUAAGAGUAUAUCGACGGACUCGAUAACCCAUCGCGGUUCCAGUGGACAAGGCCAGAAUCGAUUCGCGUCUGGAAAUGGUACUAAAUUUGGUGACCGGCCAGGUAAGAUGCCUGGAUCUACAGAUAUCCGGAGUAAGGACUUCAAGAGCUACCGUGAUUCAUUUCUACAUAGCCGGAACGAUUUUACGGGCCAGGUAUUUGGGGUACCUCUUUCCAAGUCACUCUCCUUAGCUUCAGCUGAGGUUGUUGUGCAGAGUGAAUUAGCUAAUUUCGGUAGGAUUCCUAUUGUAGUGGCUAAGUGUGGGGCAUAUUUGAAACAAAAUGGACUGUUUACAUCGGGUAUCUUCCGCAUUGCCGGUAAUAAUAAACGCAUUAAGGAGUUGGUGUAUAUUUUCUCAACACCUCCGAAUUACGGUAUGAAAUUCUCGAAUUGGGACGGUUUUACCGUUCACGAUGCGGCAUCUGUAUUGCGAAGGUUUCUUAAUAAUCUAACCGAACCUUUGAUUCCGCUGGAUCAAUAUGAGACUUACAGGGAACCUUUAAGGUCAAGGGCACGAAUAUUAAGACAUAUGACGAGGCCGUCUUCUGCUAAUGAGGUUAUCGAUCCAUCGGGCGGAGCGGUAAUAAAUGUUGCUCCGAUAACAACUGCUCCAUCUACUCAAGGUAAUUGCACUGAAGCUGAGGAAAGUGUGUCACAGAGCGGUAAUGUGGCUGCAUGCCAAAGCAUGGAAUCCCUACCGGAUAAAGAAUAUAAAGAAGAAGACGAAGAAAAAAAAAGAAAACAAAUUCGACAUAGGAAAAGGCUUACAAGGGAUAUCAAGGCCGCUAUAUAUGAAUACGAAGAGUUAUUUUCUGAACUAUCGAACGAUUCAAAACAGUUAAUCGUUUACUUAUUAGAUCUCCUAUCUCUUUUUGCUCAACAAUCCGAUGUUAAUUUGAUGUCCGCAAGGAAUUUGGCUGCAAUUUUUCAACCUUCCAUUCUAUCUCAUCCCAAUCAUGAUAUGGAUCCAAAGGAGUAUGAACUCUCUAGGUUGGUUGUGGAAUUUCUAAUAGAGUAUUCUUAUAGAUUGUUACCUCAUUUGUUAAAAAUUACUAAAAACGAACAGGCGGUUUUACAGAAAGGGGUACAACAGCGCAUGAACCAUGAAAAAGAUAACUACAAAGCGCAAAGUACGCAUAUGAAUGAUGGCAAUGUAACGACAAAGUAUACUGGGCACGCCGGAUCCGAUUUCCAGAGUACUACAACUAACACAAAAAAAAUCCCAAUUGAUAUUCGUAAUAAUCCUCCACAAAUAAAGUUGGCAACGAAUGAGGCUCCAUUCACUGAAGGUAUAGAUACAGUGGUUACCAGCGGGGAGAAAUCUAAUAUGCUUAAUUACGACAAUGAACUACUAUAUCUCAAUUUGGCUUCCUCGCCUAUAUCCGUGUCUAUUCCAUUAACACCAACUGGUAAUAUAUUUAAGUCCGUUAAUGAAUAUAAUAGGAAAUCUCCCUCAGAGAUACGAUUUAUAAGUGGUCAAGGUCCACAUUCCAAUUUAGGGGCAAUGAUGCCAAAUCAAAAACUAUCUAUGACACAGGUAGCGCACUUCUCAUCAGCGACAAGUUCGCAAGCAACACCACUGAGAAAGUUUAGGCCUCAUUCGAAAUCUUUAUCUUCCGCUGUCAAUCCAUCUGAUGUUAUAACUAGACACUCGUACAAGACUAAAAGAUUUGGUACAUCGUUGAUAUUAAACAGCGAUUCAGAGGUGAUGUCCGAAUAUGAUGAAGAUGAAGAGCAGUUUGGAGGGGAAACUCAAUCGCAGAAUAGUCGUGUUUCCGGGACAUGUCCAAAAUGCACUACUAUGUCGACAACUGCACAAUUGCAUGGAGCACUGCCUUCACCAGGGGCUGCUGCGUCAAUUAGUUCCAAAAAAAACUCUUUCGUCAUCAAUAAUGUGCACAGGACUGAACUGGAGAUACCGGUUGUGUUAACGAGAAGGGCAGCAUCGACGGGCGCGGUUAGUUACCAUGACGCUAACCGCUCAGAUGAUGAAGUGGCAAGGUUAAGUAUAAGCGAUGCCCACGAGGACAAUUCUUACUAUAGAAAAGGCGAUCGUAAGUCUAGAUCCAAGAAAAGAGAUUCAUGGUUUCAACGGCUAAGGAGUCGUUCCAGAUCUACAUCAAAGAAAUGA